GAUAAACACCAAACUAAUGCCUAUUCCACUAGAAACGAUACAUGUUAAUCAAAGUAAAUUCAUAGAUAAGUUGAUACUUGAUGAUACAGACAAGGACUUAACCAACACUAAACAAUUUGAUGAACUUUUAACUCAUUUGGAACUGACUUUGAGUCAGUUAUUAACACCUUCUGUAGAUAUCAUUAGAAUACUAUUUACAUUGGCAUCAAGAACUAACGAAGAUACCUCCCUUAGAGACCGUGCUGUGUUUAUACUAAACAAAUACAUUGAAUCUGAUAAUGAGCCACUAUAUUCCAAUCUUAUUGAAUUCAUUGAAGAUUUUGCUGAACUGCAAUAUGUCGUCAAACAAACUGUUAAAUCACCAAAGAAGAAAAUAAAUACUACUGACGGGAGAACUGGUGAUAUAAUGAACAUGAUUGAAACAUCUCCAAGAAAGAAACAAAAACAGCCUAUCAUAGGUGAAGUCAGUGACUCAGAGGAAGAACUGCCAAUAUUGGCCAAUACUCAAGACGAGAUUGACAGUAUGAGAGAAGAAGUUAAAAUGGAACAUCCAGAAAUUAACAACCUUCUGACAUUUCUCAAUCGAGUUAACGGGACCGUUUUGAAGAAGGAAGAAAUCAAACUGAUAAGUCAUGAUAAAUGGGAUAGAAUAAAAGUAUUUGGCGAUGUAAUCCUCAGCAAACGACUCCACCCAAAGAAGAACUUCACAAUAUGGAAUUUAAUCAACUGGACAUUUUACUGUUGUGGAAAGAGUUCUAAUUCGUAUUCAAAUUACCAUGCAAUAUACACCACCCAUAGUAAUGUCCUCCAGUUAAUAUUCACCCUCGUUGAAAUUGAUCUUGUUCAGAAAGGUGAUUUACUCCAAAGACUAAUUACUCAAUUGGCCCAUUUUAAAGCGAGUUGGUACGAUCGACUAAUCGAAUUUGUUUUCAAUGGAUUGUCUCAUAGAGAUUCGCCUAUCCCAAAGUCAUGCUACCUGUAUGAAAAGGAUUUACUUCAAAAGAGCGAACCAGCACUAACUCAAAAUAAGCAAGAUAACUUACAUUCCUUAAAUCUUCGUUUUAAAAUAGUCAAUAUGGUCUAUUACUGGUCCUUUCUUAAGAAUGAGGAUGAUUCAAGUAGCACAUCCAUGUCUCAACUAUUGAAGCAGCUAACACAAAAAUUAUUGACUAUGGACUAUAACUACUUGAUUGAAUUUUACUAUAGCAUACAUUCCGAAAGCCACAUCGAGCUUAUGUAUAGGAAAAGCUUUUUGGUUACUCUUUCACAGUAUUUUCUAACUGAAAUAACUGGGGUUCCCCAAUUUGACUUUAGACUUACAAGUGAGCAAGAUGAAAAUUUGCAAUUAGUAUUAAAAUGGAUGGGAACAAGUAACAUUUACUUGCUGAUUACGGAGGAUGAAACGUUUGUUUCGUUCAACAGUUUUCUACAAACCUGGCUCAAGUUCAACUUUGUCUUGAGUUGGUUGUUUACCCAAGUGGUUAACGAUUUAGACGACAAGGACAGUAUUGAAGUAGAUACAAUAUUUGAUAUAUGUGAAAAGGCCGAUGUGCUUAGAACAGGUGUAUUUGAAGAAAAAAUAUAAACAAGAAGUUUAUUUUGAAAGCUAUGUUGAUAUAUUAAAAAACACAUGGUAAGGUAUAUAUAAAUUGCAAACUUAGAUGAUAUGCUUGACCUUGAAAUAGUGUCUUAAAUAUUGAAUUUGCCAAACACCCAAUCCAAUAAGGGCUAAAAUAACAGUGAUGGAAAACCAUUUAACUCUAGAGUUGGUAGAUUCAUUAGUAUCUCUCAUUCUUUCUUCUCUGGCCUUCAAGUAUUGUAAUUCCUCGACAAUUUCACUAGUCAAUCCUUCAAUCUUUCUCAAUUCAAGUUCAAUAGGCUUCAACUUUUCACUGGCUUGCAAAGCAUUCCAAUCUCUAGCAGCAGCACCAAUUUCAAUAUCCAAUUCGACGUUUCUAAUAAACAGAAUUUUGGAGUUUCUACCCCAUUUCUUUUCUUGGUGGUUAGUGAAACAAAUGUCAAAAGCAGCAUUGUCAUGAGAUGUGAAUGCAAUCUUGACUUCACCGAGUAUAUCCCUCUUGUUUCUGUAUUCGUUGCCGACCAGAUCAGUUACUUUCAAAUCCAAUCUUUGUCCAUCACCUUUAUUACCGUCGGUUUUCAAGUUUAUAACCACCAUUUGAUCCUUUUGUACAAAGUCACGGAUACACACUGGAGAUGGGUUAGGCGAUGAUGGGAUCUCCAUGUGCAAUGCAUUGAUGAGCAUGCAAAGGAAUGAUAUUAUGAGUAUCGAUAAUGAUUUCAUGUUGCUUGUUAUGUCGGCAAGAGUAAACUGU